GCCGACUUGUAUAAUUCGAGAUACUAUAUAUACAUCCAGCUCGUAUCCAACAAGUAGAAACAGCCCCAGUACAAUGAAAACCGAGGAUAAUGUGGCAAGAGUAGGAAAGGGCGUUUUCCAACUCAUUGCCGCGAAAACCAGCCUGCCCAUAUGUUGCCUUUUGAGCAUUUCCGUCAAUACGCCUCCAUUUUCGUUGUCUGAUUGGCUGAGGCGGUCAAUUGGUCCGACUCUUCGAUGAAAGGCCGAAGUCGAAGUCAAUGCCCAUACAGGAAAAAGAAAGUACCAAACAAUCCCAACUCCAUCGCUAAAGAAAAGAACAAUUGGGUUAUCGAGAACAAAAAGAAGUGGCAUUCAUUGCCUGUCUGGUUGAAGCGGUGUAUCCAGAGGAGAAUAGGCGGUGAGUUUGGCCGAAAGAAUUGUCGGGGUAUUGAAAAGGUCGUAAGGUAUCCAGGUCGUACAGGUGCGGUUCAUUAGGGCGUGGCCAGCAUACCAGAUGCAUGGCAGAAAAAGAGGAUCGUACAGUCAUAGUAGUGUAUGGUGAGUGGUGGUGGAUGGUGAUAAUGGAUACCCAAGUCUUUGGUGCGUCGGGCAUUAUCUGAUUUCGUCCGCAGACCACAGCGACAUGGUGACAUGAUCAGACCCGGCUAACGUUGAGCGUGUCUCGGACUGAAGGUUGGGCGGCUGGGACAGAACAGAUCGGAAUAGUCUGCCCGGUCGAGUGCGGAAGUUGUACAUCUGGACGGGCAGGAAUGUCAACAAUAAUUCGUAGAUGUAUUAGUAUAUGAGUCGAACAGAACAUACUCGGCACUCUGGACACUUGCCGCCAACAGUAUCGCAUCGCCCGCGACAUCCGCGUGGCUGAUUCGCGCAGGAGAACAUGGGUGUGGACUGGCUUGUGGACUGCUAGUACUGAUGAGGCUUCACCGAGACCACUGCAGAUCGAUACGCGUGGCUACUUUUCUUUGCAAAAGACCGAAACGAUGAAGAUUGUCAGGGCAGGACAGUCGAUCCAACAGUCGUGUAUAUAGAACGGCGAACAGACUUUGGCUGUGCUGCCCGCCGGCGAGAGCGUGGAAGUGAUGACGUUACAGGUGGUUAUGGUUGCGCCGACCGGGAAAAGGGGGAACUUGGACCUGACGCCCAGGAUGUGAGGGAUAUUUUCUUUGUUCUGCCAGUGGUAUGCAGCGUGUCGACACGAUCGGAAGGUGGAGAUGUCCAAGUUGUGGAAGACCGGAACUUGACGUGAUGUACUGAGGAAUGUCAACAGCUGAGAACAGUAUAUCAUGUGGUACGAGUGGUACAGUAGAUGUUGGACUGGAGGGAGAGGGAGUAUUCGAAGCCUGGGGAAGAAGCCGGUCAAAUAUUAUUAUUGUUUGGCCGCCUCUUUUUUACUGCUACUGUACAAUACCACCACUGGCACUCAGGUAAGGAUGGUGCCUGGACUGCAAGUUUCGCCGGUUGCACGCCAUGGAAUUAGGAACCCAAUGCUGGCGCUUACCCGGGGAAGAGAAGGUGUGUUUAGGCUCCUCCGGCUUAUCAGAACAACCCACCGCCAGGUGCCUGGAUUGUGGUCUGGUGCCGGGCGGGCGCGGAUGGAGCUGGGGCUGGGGUCGAGAAACGGUGCCUAGAGCUACAGGGAGUCGGUGCUGGAGCUUACAAUUGUACCUAGGUGGUCUGGCUCCAUACCAGAACCUUAGGAAACCUUCAAUUUAGGCACACAGUAAUAAUGUCAUUUAUUCAAGGAUGCGGCUGAGGAAUUGCAUAAUGGAUUGCAACUCUGCACUGCUACCUUUUGACGAAAACUUCGUAUCCAGACUGCAGAAUAAAUAAUAUCACCGCUGCAAACGCAUGCACUGCAGUGGCCGGGUGAUCAGGCACUACUCCAGGCAUUGACACUUCCUGGCACUGCAUGGAGGCUGCGGCCCAAACUUGCGCAAUAAAUCAAUCACCAUCCCCUGUCUCCGGUCUCUCUCGUCCUACCACAUCGUACCGCAUCUCCGAUCCGAUCUGACCAUGCACUGGCAUUCUUGCAUGAUGGAUGCCUUUUCCAUCCCUGUCCUCAUGCGACACGCCCGACGUUCGAACCCACGGGAGCCAAACACGGCUGUUUGCAUUACAAGUACUACUAAUGUCUUACGUGUUCAUUUAGGACACACCACCCCGCCAACAUUCCGCAGGCCGCAUGUCAUUGCGGUCGCGGGUUGAGUGGUGAGGCACUCUACCUAGCCAAGCACAGACAAAAAUAAAAAACUCGGCGGACGCGGAUGGGAUAGAAUGGAAUGGCGUCCUAUUGUGCUUUGAGCCACACUCGAUUGCAGGCAGGAAACUCAAGCACUGCAGUAUAUCAACUACGGUUACACAGUUUCUACGCGGUAUCAAGAACACGCUCGCUCGACGGAUGCUCCGGGUUUGCCGGACGACGCUGGGCUUGAGUUGCCGUUCCAAUGUGCUGAAACUCAAUUCUCGUUUUCCCUGCGCCGGUGACACCGGUUCCAAACAUGAAACACUCGUUCAGGCUCACUCAUGCACCUGAAGAAUACUGACUUGGAUGUUGACGAGAGCCUUUCCUCAUCUCCACCCAUCACUCUCCACUCCUUCACUUCGCACAUGUUUACGUUCGUGGUUCAUCCUACGCCCUUAUCCGCCACGUGUGUUUGAUUGCUUGCUUGCGUACGACUUUGAGGUCUUCGAUUUCAGGUUCCUGGCAAGGGUCUCCUGUCCUGCGCCUCAGUGCAGAAGACGAGAGGGAGGGAGAUAUGGGUAAAAAGGGGAGGACCCCCCAGCUCCUUUCAUUGGUGUCCAAGAGUUAUAUCCCAUGUUUGUCGUUUGAUUCGCCAUGACCCUUCUUUCCAUACGCGGCCGACUGCAUUGCCUUGCACACAAUGGACACGGCACAGCAUCACUAUAAUACAACUACUAUAAUAUCACAAUCCAGCCCACGGCGGUCUCUGACGGUCCAGGCCUUUGACGGCUGCAGCGGUUUGGGGUCUCUUCCCGGUUUGGACCCGCUUCUCCAGUUUGCCCACUGCUACUCAUCAGACGGGCAUGCUAUGCAUGGUACUCGAUUUCAACAUUGCACUGCCAGUGUGUUGCAUUCAUCGUUGUUCAAGUUUGGCACAGUACCUACAGGCACUGCAAGCCAUCAAACAGCAACCGCAGACGGCAUUUGCAUGAAACCUCGCCACAACUCGAUCCUUCCAGCAAAGUACUACGUACCACGAUCUGAAUGAUGAAUACCUCGAUGGUCAGUACUUGGAUGAGUUCGGGCUCGUGAUUCUUCGUGAAAUCCAUAAGCAUCACUAUCACACCACGCUCACCCGAUCUGCUCGUCUACCAAAGUGCACACCUACCUUACAUACCAGGUACCCGGGUCUGUAGUACUUAGUAGUAGCUCAGGUACUCCCCACAGGCGAGUGGAUAGAUAUCGGAUGAUCUGCUGCCUGCAGAACGGCAGCCGCUUACUUCCGGCGCCCGGUCAGGUCAGGUCAGGUCAGGUCAGCCUUGCGAUCACCGAUCCGUGUGGAAAGUAGUACUGUUACAUACUACCUUACAUUGAGGGUAGGUAGGAGCCUCAGGCUCCGCUUCAUCGAUCUGCUGCAGUAUCAUCAAUUCAGACACACUCCAUCCCACGCACACACUUCGACUCUCUCCAUAGUACUAAGUAGGUAGCAGUACCUAUAGAUAAAUCGCAGUACCACUUGUGAAAGAAACCAGAACCUCCUUGAAAAUCUU